UUGCCGAGCUUGUUGGGGCUCCCUGUUAGCAUUUAGAGGGAAUUUGCAUAGUUUGGUGGCUUCUAACUGCUCAUUGAGUUUGCUGUCCCUGAAGGAAGGGAGUUGGACAGCAGGAGGUGGAGACUGAUGCAGUUAGUUUGGGAGCACUGGACUCUACAGAGAAGGUCAGCUUGUGAGUGUCUCAGUGGCUGCUUAAGAAACCUAGCAUCCCAAGUGCCAGAAGCUGAAGUUGCCAAAAAGCAGAUUUCAGCCCUUUGGUGGCCAUGCCUAAGAUCACGCCCCCUUCCCUCUUGUUUCUCCUGGCUGCAUCACCAGCUACGUGAUUCAGAAAAUGAGUCCUUAUUCAUUCAUUAUUUUCCUCAUAUUGUUUUAGUAACAUCUCUUCCCUUUAGCUUAAAAAAAAAAAAAAGGUUACUGCUGUCUACGACUUGUUACCUGUUUAUAUUCUAUGGUCAGUUAAACAGGAAGCUCUUAAACUAUGCCAUGUGCUGCCGUGCCCCCAGAGCACUUAGCAUAGUAUACCAUCCAUUGCACAAUGCUCAGCAGUUCCUUACUGAUUUGAGGUCAUGCAAUCAUUCAGAGUUUAAUUUGCAGCUCAUCAGAGAUAAAAUGAAUAUUAACUUCAUUCCCCAAAGGAUUAUUUAAGAAGACAUAAAGCAUACCCUAUCGAUACUCAGGAAUGAUUUUUCUUUCUAUUCUUUAUGAUUUAAACUUCUCCUAUUACAGUUACUCAGUGACUGGGUAUUUGAGGGCCUACUGUAAGCGAGGCCCUCUGCACAGAAAGUACUGUGCUGUGUCACAGUGGGUAAGACCCAGUCCUCUUGACCUUGUGGAGCUUUAUGUCUUAUGCAGGAACCAGACCAGUCAACACAAGCCAUUAGGGUAUUGUGUUGUGAAAAGGUUGAUACAGUGUUCUUUGUGGAAGUGUUGGAUUUGAGUAUUGUGAUAUUCUGUUGAUUUACUACCAAAAAAGUAAAAAAUGAGGUUGUAAUCCUAUUUCAAGGAGAAGUGGAGAACAAUUCUCGUAACCACCCACAGAGAAACCUACUCAGAGCAUUCAGGGUUUUUGAUUCACUGUAACCAAAAGGCUGACCAUAAAUAAAAUUUAUACUCACAAGGUUUAUGAUUAAAUCUAUGUCAGUGCAUUGUCUAUUACAGUCUACGAACUUUGUUAAAAGUAAGUACUUUACUCUGCGCUUCUCCCGUGGCCGGUGCGCGGGAGGCAGCCCCAGAUGGCAGAUGAGAUCGCCAAGGCUCAGGUCGCCCGGCCUGGUGGCGACACGAUCUUCGGGAAGAUCAUCCGCAAGGAAAUCCCAGCCAAAAUCAUUUUCGAGGAUGACCAGUGUCUUGCUUUCUAUUACAUUUCCCCUCAAGCACCAACACAUUUUCUGGUGAUACCUAAGAAACAUAUAUCCCAGAUUUCUGCAGCAGAGGAUGCUGAUGAAAGUCUUCUUGGACAUUUAAUGAUUGUUGGCAAGAAAUGUGCUGCUGACCUGGGCCUAAAGAAGGGUUACCGAAUGGUGGUAAACAAGGGCUCCGAUGGUGGACAGUCCAUGUAUCAUGUUCAUCUCCACGUUCUUGGGGGUCGGCAGAUGAACUGGCCCCCUGGUUAAGCAUGUGUUAGGGCCAAUUGUUCCUUUUCCAGGCAGUGAUAAAGUUUGCAGUCCAAUGUCAAACAGCAUACUUUUGCCUAUGUAUGCAGAUUGAGGAAAUACUGGAGAAAAAUAAAAACGUACAUAAUAAAAGAAAAAAAAAA